AUGGCGCAGGUUCAACAAGCUCCUUCUUCGCAUUCGUCCGUCGGAGACGGAGCCUCCUCGGUGGCUUCCGGCGGCGCCGGAGACGGAGUGAAUCACGGUGCUUUGUGUUCGCUCUACGUCGGAGAUCUGGAUGUCAAUGUGACGGAUUCUCAGCUCUAUGACUAUUUCACCGAGGUGUGUCAGGUCGUCUCUGUUCGUGUUUGCCGUGACGCUGCUACCACUACUUCUCUUGGUUAUGGUUAUGUCAACUACAACAACACCGAUGAUGCUGAUAAGGCAGUGAAGAAGCUUAACAACAGUAUUCUCAAUGGGAAGAUGAUUCGUGUGACUUACUCUUCUCGUGACCCUGCUGCUCGUAGAAGUGGAAUUGGGAACUUAUUUGUCAAGAAUUUGGACAAGUCUGUUGACAACAAGACUCUGCAAGAGGCGUUUUCCGGGUGUGGAAAAAUCUUGUCCUGUAAGGUUGCUGCUGAUAGCUUGGGUCAGUCUAGAGGAUAUGGCUUUGUGCAGUUUGAGAGUGAGGAAUCAGCUAAAAAGGCUAUUGACACUCUCAAUGGCAAAGUGCUGAAUGACAAGCAGAUCUUUGUUGGUCCGUUUCUCCGGAAGGAGGAAAGAGACUCUGCUGCUGAUAAGAUCAAGUUCACGAAUGUGUACGUGAAGAAUCUCUCUGAGACGACUACUGAUGACGAGCUGAAGACUACUUUUGGUCAGUAUGGUCAGAUCUCUAGCGCUGUGGUUAUGAGAGACGGAGAUGGGACCUCGAGGUGUUUUGGAUUUGUCAACUUUGAGAAUGCUGAAGAUGCGGCUCGCGCUGUUGAGUCCCUUAAUGGGAAGGUGUUUGAUGACAAGGAGUGGUACGUUGGUAAAGCUCAGAAGAAGUCUGAGAGGGAACAAGAGUUGAGCCGGAAAUAUGAGCAAGGCGCAAGGGAGACUGGAAACAAGUUCGAUGGGUUGAAUUUGUAUGUUAAGAACCUUGAUGACACUGUCACUGAUGAGAAGUUGCGCGAGCUGUUCGCUGAGUUUGGUACAAUUACUUCUUGCAAGGUUAUGCGAGACCCGAGUGGUACUAGCAAAGGAUCAGGAUUUGUUGCCUUCUCUGCUGCUAGUGAAGCUUCUAGAGUGCUGAAUGAAAUGAAUGGUAAAAUGGUUAGUGGCAAGCCGUUGUAUGUGGCUCUUGCACAGAGGAAAGAAGAAAGAAGGGCUAAGCUGCAGGCACAGUUUUCUCAAAUGAGACCUGCUUUUAUCCCCGGUGUUGGUCCUCGUGGUAUGCCAAUGUUCCCAGGUGGUGCUCCAGGACAACAGAUUUUCUACGGUCAGGGACCUCCACCGAUCAUUCCUCACCAGCCUGGAUUUGGAUAUCAGCCUCAGAUGAUGAGGCCAAACUAUUUCGGACCGAUGAUGCAGCCAGGUCAGCAAGGUCCACGACCAGGUGGGAGACGGUCAGGUGAUGGACCUAUGCGCCAUCAGCCACAGCAGCCAAUGCCUUAUAUGCAGCCACAUAUGAUGCCAAGAGGACGCGGAUACCGUUACCCUCCUGGUAGAAACGGUCCCGACGGUCCAAUGCCAGCGAUGGUUGCUUAUGACAUGACUGGAAUGCCUUAUGCUCAGCCUUUAACCGCUGGUGUAUUGGCUUCUUCCCUUGCUCAAGCAUCACCUGCUCAGCAGAGAACACUUCUUGGUGAGAGUCUAUACCCACUAGUGGACCAGAUUGACCACGAGAACGCUGCGAAAGUGACCGGAAUGCUUCUGGAAAUGGAUCAGACUGAAGUUUUGCAUCUGCUCGAGUCACCAGAGGCUUUAAAUGCUAAAGUUACGGAAGCAUUGGAUGUGUUGAAAAACGUGAACCAGCCAAAGGAGCAGGUGAGUGAAGGCAAAGGAAGUCCAAGUGAUCUCUUGGCUUCACUUUCCAUUAAUGAUCACUUAUGA